GCCUUGAAGACAAAACUGAACUCCAACUCUGUUUAUUUCAUGGGAGACUUUACUAUUCCUAACAUAAACUGGAAUGAUGGAACAGUUUCCAGUGGGCUAGGAUACAGCAAGAUGAUAGGAGAAAAGUUACUUGACAUAUCUACAGAAUUUGGUCUGACCCAGUGUGUUAGAGAAUCUACUAGGUCACAAGGGAAUACUCACAAUAUUCUUGAUUUAGUGUUUAUGAACAACUUCAGCAGCAUUGCUGAAAUCGAAGUUGAUGGAAUUUCUGAUCGUGAAAUUGUUAUUAUUGAUAUCAACCUGAAACUAAGAGAAAAAGGCUGCCAGUUAAAAAGGUCUUUCUUAGACAUAAGGCCGACGAAGAAGGGCUUUUGCCAGAUGUUCACAAUUAUCAUUCAGACUAUGUAGCUCGUGCAACUGGCUGUAAGAUUCAUCUACAACGUAGCGCGUCACCAGGGACAGUAACAUCGCUUCUCUCAAAUCAUGAAUGGCCUACUCUAGAGCAACAAAAAAAAUCAGUCAAUUAGUCAUGCUCAGCAAGAUUCUGAAUAGCAUUGUCGAUGUACCUGCAGAGGCUUUUGUCACUACAAACACACGACCAUCUCGGGGACACAAAUAUAAAUUAAACCAACUAUAUGCCGGAACCAGUGCCUUCAGCAACAGCUUCUUUCCACGGGCAAUCAAGUAUUGGAGUAAUCUCUCAUCUAAUAUUGUUGAAUCUUGCAAACAUCGCAUUCAACUUUCAGAGCUGAACUUUUUAAAUUGUUCAAUGCUUGUAAGUAAGCUACCGAAGACAUGGCUAGCUCCGUGCCCCAAACUAAGCCUUAAGUUGGCAUGAUGUUUCCUGAUGGAGGCUUUGGCGACUAUUACAAUUCAGAUUCGGUUCCAUUAUACUAGGCCUACGGAUAACACUUGAUACUUCUGUCAUGUCUGUGCACACAACAAAGUGUUUUCUUUUGAGGACAUGUUAUCACUUUCUAAUAGCUGUUAGCGUUAAGCCUAUAGGCCCAUAACAUUGUUAGGGAUAAUUAGUGUAGUCUGUAUGUGGAAUUCCUUCCUCUAACGUUUCUAGACAUGUUCUUGCUUUCUGAUGGGUCCUUGUACCCUCAGAGUCAGAGGGUCAUGUCAAGCAUACAUGUGCCAGUAUCUGCAGGCUAGUUACCAGUAGUUUGUAAAAAUAAAUUCUCGUUGUAUAUUCGCAUUGUUCUUUACUUGGAGAAUUUGGCAAAUGUAAUGGCAGUUGUAGGGUGUGAACGAUGGGUUGGGGUCACUACAAUUAGCUCUUGGUUCAAUUAUAAAAUCAUAAAGAGUUUACUUCUUGUUGUAUUGUUAGUUAUCGUCUUGUAGUUUGUACUAUACGUCGGUAUCGCCCUAGUUCCGGAUAAAUACUAUCAGGAGAAGAGUAUGCUCCUUGCGAAAUUGUCAGAGCACCCCUCUUUUACUUGUUUGAAGUUCUAUAUGCAUGUAUUCUUGUGACAGGCCAGUUUUGUCCACAGAAAAACUAUUCAGUUUGCAAACCUGUGAUUUGUCCAUGAAACUCUUGAGAUUGUUGGCAAAAAAUCAUUCAGUUGCAAAAAUGACCAUCUCCGGAUCCUCCAGUAGAAACAAAAAUGGACAAAAAGCCUUCUUUUUUUGAUGCGGUUUUGUAAACUUUUUGUCAUUUUGGACCUGCCUGUACAUGCUUGUUUGAAAAUAAUUUUUCAGUGUUGGAAACUUUAGGUCAUUGCAAACACAAUCUGCAACAUGUUUUACACAGACUGGAUGUACAUGUACAUGUACGCACACUACUGAUGUUGGUCCAAUACCAAACCGAACACUUCAUUGCAUUCAAUACCAGAAAGAUUACGGAAGUCUUAAAAAGUGGUCAUUGAAGCACAGCGUUGUGGUUUACUGUGGUACUGCCAUACGUGGUUGUUGCAUUUUUUUUUGCUGGCAGUGGAUGAUGGACGUGUCGCGUGGACCAGUAAUAUAAAAUAUGCAGUAAACGAGUGCACUGUUUGCCACAGUGAGAGAGAAUAGUGGAACUAUCUCGCACUGAAAACCUUUUCUGUUCAAGACACGAAAUUGGAGGCAAAUCUUGUAAAUGGACAUUUUAUGUGCUGUGGACUAUAUCUGUGAGGCUUUAGAAAGGUUGACUUUGACAGUCAACUUGUGUAGAUAAACGAUAAUAGCUCUCAGCCAUGGAUCUGUUAAAAUCUAUCACCCAUCCUGAUGAAGUUUACGCCCUCCUGAAGUACAAACUCGGAGCAGGCCCCACAAAACCAAAACAGGAUUAUGCGACUAUGACCAGAACAGCAAAGAAAUGUUACGAAUACCUCAAUCUGACCAGCAGAAGCUUUGCGGCCGUCAUCCAGGCAUUGGAUGGUGACCUCAGGCAUGCCGUAUGCAUCUUUUACCUGGUACUCCGUGCGCUGGACACCGUGGAGGAUGACAUGACAAUACCCCUGCCAGAGAAGAUCCCGAUGCUGCAACAGUUUCAUGAGAAGCUGAAUGACCCCACUUGGAACUACACCAAGAGCCAGGAGAAGGAUCGCAUUGUAUUGGAAGAUUUCCAGACGAUAGCGCAAGAGUUCAGAAGUCUUGCCAAGUGCUACCGCGUGGUCAUCGCCGACAUCUGCAACAAGAUGGGGCACGGCAUGUGCGAGUUUGUCCAGCGAGAUGUCGUGACCAAUAAGGACUGGGACCUGUACUGUCACUACGUGGCGGGCCUGGUGGGCAUCGGGCUGUCCCGUCUCUUCUCCGCCUCCAAGCUGGAGGAUGCGAUUGUUGGUGAGGACACCCAGCUGGCAAACUCCAUGGGCCUCUUCCUCCAGAAGACCAACAUCAUCCGAGAUUAUCUAGAGGACAACCUGGAAGGGAGGGAAUUCUGGCCCAGAGAGACAUGGAGUAAGUACGCCUCCAAACUGAGCGACUUUCAGAAACCCCAGAAUCUCAACUCAGCCGUCCACUGUCUGAACGAGCUGAUUACCAACGCCUUGCAUCAUGUCCCUGACGUCCUGAAGUACAUGUCAAGACUUCACAACCAGAGCGUCUUCAAUUUUUGUGCGAUCCCACAGGUUAUGGCAAUUGCCACUUUAGCCGAGUGCUACAACAACCCCAGGGUUUUCAGUGGCGUUGUUAAGAUUCGGAAGGGGCAGGCAGUCGUCAUGAUGCUUGAAGCAACCAGCAUGGACAGUAUCAGGACGAUCAUCAGCAACUACAGUAGACAGAUCGGCAAAGCCAUACCCAGUGUCGACCCAUCAGCCGAGCUGACCAAGAGGAUAGUGACCACCAACCUGGAGCUGAGUCACACCGCCGCCGGCCAGUUGGCCACAGCCAGCUACUACCCACCCCUCUACAUGUCCCUGGGAAUCAUGCUGGCCCUGAUCCUGUACAGUUACGGGAGUCAGAUACUCCAUUAUGUAAAUUCCUAAAGAUAAGCGGAUUUCGCUGGAUCAGUGUAUCAGUCAAACAGAUUAGCUUGCUUUGUAUGUAAGGGAAGAGGCCUGACAACGGCUCCCUGCUCCUUUUAAACCUUGCGAUCGUCUUGUCUCUGAUUCAAAACAAGUGUGGCAGUCAGCUACUUCACAGUGUAAAUUCCUAAGCACAAAUUAGUUCUAGCUGUCUAAAUAUAACAACCAAACUGUCUCGGUGCUGUCACGCACCUCGUCUGGGAACUGUACCCCAAUGAACUGUGUUUAGUGUGGGAUUUUAUCAGUUCACCUCUUUGUUUUGCAAUUCUAGAAGGGGGCUAAGGAAAGGCAUGUGAAUGGUGUUUUCUGUUAUUGUCCACUGCACGCAUCUGACAAAAUGAGAUGCUGUUUGACGAUUGUGUGUAUAGUCCGCAGUCUGAAGCAUGAUGCUCUAGAUGCAUGCAUUGUAGUGAUUACUUGGACUGUAGUCAGUUUCAUCACAAGUCAUCACAAGCCUCUAUAUGUCCAUAAUAUUUUAACCAAUCUUCAGUAAAGACAAUGCCUUUGUCAUAGUCCAUCCAGCUACCUGUGACUGGUCUUGUGACUGGUCCUGUGACUGGUCUUAUGUCUGGUUUUGUGGGUGGUUUUGUGACUGGUCUUG